AGUAGCUGCUAACUCAGUGCGCGCGCUGUCUUUACGGAUAAAUAAAUUAAUUUUGCUAUAAAAUGCACUGUUGUUAUCGUUCUUGACAAUAUUUGAAUCACAGUAGUGCUAAUCUUUCCGCAAGUUGGCGUAACAAUCGCGGGCGUAAGCGCGCCAACGGACAACGCGAACGACAACGGCCAAGAAAGUGCGAGGGAUGUGUUUCGUAUCCAUUUGUGCGUGUUUUACCUGGUUACAUUGAGUUAACAGUUUGCAAACGAAUAUCAACUUCGUCCGGAAAACUAUUCUACCGUUCAGAUUUCCGCAGUGACUCAAGAUGGAUGUGACAUCAAUGACAACGCUGCGUGACGUUUUAACCGUCUGCCAGGACAGGCCGAACGCAUUUGAAAGAGGACUGGAAGUUGCCCGAAAAGUGUACAGUGACACACCUUUCGACGAAUUCUUCAAGGAACUCGUAUUGUGUCUGCAGGUCAUUAUUCCUAACACCGACAGUGGCGAGUACGUUGAACGUCUUCUAGACUUCACUGCCCGUUUCGUCGCCUCGCCGACUGCUCCAAGAGAAGCCGAUGACACUCUUGUGAAAAAUGAACUUUUGGAGCCUAUCCUCCGUAAUGUGCUGGAGUGGAGCGGAAGCGGCAAAAAAGUUAUCCGCGAGAGAUGCUGCCUUUUCGUCGAGUUGUUGCUCGGCUACGUUACGGACGACAGCGUUAUUGAAGACAAACUAUUCGAGGAAAUUGAAAGCGCGAUGCUGACAAGGCUCCGCGACCGCAUCGGAAGCGUUCGCAGUCGCGCUGUUGGCGCCUUGUCAAGGCUUCAGGACCCCAGUGACCACAAGUGCAAAAUUGUGGAGAACUUCCUGUUCCACGUCGAAGCUGACCCCUCCGCAGACGUCCGAAUGGCUGUCGUUAGCCACAUGGUUCCGUCUUCACGUACACUGGCGGCACUGGUCGAGCGGUCGAGGGACACGAGAGAAGCAGUCCGGAAGCGUGCAUACGAGCGCAUCGCAGAGAAGGUGCCGGUGAGGUAUCUAAAGAUAAAACAGAGGACGGAGCUUCUAGACAGUGGCCUCAAUGAUCCGUCGAAUGGAGUCAGACAGGUUGUCGUAGCAAACUUAAUCCCUGCUUGGCUCAAGCAUUGUCAGGACAGCGUUGCGGACCUGAUAAAGCUUCUCGAUGUCCAUGGAUCAGAGAAAGUCGUCGAAGCACUUCUGAAUGCAUUACUCAAGACACAUGGCAUUGAAAUGUUCAUCAAGGACAUCAAGCAGCGCUUACUUGGCCAGGACAAGCUCAUUCCAGAGGACAAACUUAGCUGUGAAGGCACACUGUACUGGCGGAUUCUUGUGCAGACUCUUCGAGCUCAGGGGUCGUCUGAAUCAGAGUCACGCUUAGAUGAAAUCUUCCCAGACCUGACGGUGUACUGCGGGUUUGUUUCAAAGUAUGUGCUGUCCUUUAGUACGGAGUGGGAAGCACUCCGUCAGCUUGACCAUCAGUUUGUUUCACAGCAGCUCAUACUACUGUUGAAGUCUGCUGACCUUGGUGACACUGCUGGGAGAGAGCGCCUUCUUGAGACUGUUCGGAGAUUGCUGCUCUCAACGAAGGUAGGUUCACUGCAGAUACCUCACUUGAUGAAGCUGAUCCGGUACAUUCACCCAGAGCCACAUGAUACACUGCAAGAAGUUGAAGCGUUGCUACCUGAAAUCCAGGCACCUCUAGCAGCCACUCAAGGCUUCCAAAUGCAAGAAGCAACACAGAAGGAGCCUGCAUUAGACAUGCUGAUUGCCAAGAUUAAAGUGCAGUUGAACAUACUGAGAGAGGACCUCUCAACUUGUAUUGAAGAGGAAAACUUUGAUGCGGCUAAAGAGACUAAAAAGAAGAUUACCAAACUGGAGGGUGAACUCUCCAGCCACCAGUCUAAAUUGGCAGAGCUGUCGGCUGAGCCAAAGGAAAUUGAGUGUGAAAAGAGUGAAGCCAUCAUUCUAAAGUGCCUGAUACUGAUUGCUGAAAUGAUGGCAGUUACACCUCUCACAUCACUGACUCCGUUCCUUCAAACGUGCCUUGAGGACAUUAUUCUCCCCGGGAUUGUCAGGAUGGACAUGGCCAUCCGCAAGCAGGCAGUAAGAGCACUGUCCUACUGCUGCGUGCUGAACAAAGAUGUUGCAAUGCGAAACCUCAAGCUUCUCUUUGAGGUUGCUCUUGUGGACCAACCACAAAUUCAAAGUGUUGCCUUGGCUGGGGCUCUCGAUGUUCUUCUAACCUAUGGUCUAGAGACAUUCGACAGCAUGCUCAUAAGUGUGUUUGAAGGGGAGGAUGACGAUGAAAGUCCAAUACCAUGUAAAAUAUCAUCAAACCUACUGGUGGACUUCCUGACCAAGUGUACAGACAUGGAAGAGGAAAAUAUCAGGGCAGUGGCAGCAGAAGGUAUGGCCAAACUACAGCUCUAUGGUCAUAUAUGUUCUCCAACACUGAUGUCCGCAUUGAUAUUGCACUGGAUUAAUCCAGAUGCCGACAAGAACAGUCGAUUUCACCAAGUAUUGAGUGCCUUUAUGAAGACAUACUCACUAGGUGGGCCAAAAAAUACCCAGUGCUUUGAAGAAGCAUUUAUGCCCACAUUAGAUGCCAUAUUGACAGCACGCUCGCAAGACCCUCUAACUCAUCUUGACCCUGCUGAUGUCCUGAACUUCCUUGUUGAAGUAACUCUGCUGAGGUCACCAGAAAAUCCAUUUGAGUAUGCCUCUGACGAUGAAAUAACUGAACCGACACCACAUGAUCGUCUUGCUGAGCUACUUUGCCGAGAAGUGCUGAAGGACCCAGACUCGCCUGAUUCCUUCGUCUUUGUUAAAGCGCUGACCCUCCUGAGGCUUACCCAUAGGUGUGCCAUCUCAGACCUAAUGUCAGCGGUGCAUAAGAUAGAAAAGAGAGUGACAGCAAAGCGCACUAUUGUACUUGUGAAGAGGUUCAAGGAGAAGCUGCUGGCACUUUCACCUCCUGCGACAUUGAGUGAAACAGAUGAGAUGUCAUCCAUGAGUGUAGUCAUCGAGAGCACAACCUCAAACGAAAGUACCAUGCUUUCGGCUGCGAAGAAAAAACGUGCCCUUACUAGAAGGACAAUCCAUCAAGGUAGUGUCCUGGCAAGCCCUCCAAAUACAGAGUCAUCAGUGCAGCAAAUUUCUCAGGAACUCUUUUCAUCUAGCAUCAGCUCAUAAAACAGCAUUCUCAUUCUUUAUGUAUUUACAUUUUGUUUGUGUGUAUCUCAUAUUAAGAGCACUGCAGUUUGCAUGUGUGCUGAAGUUUACCAUCAAGUAUUUUUUAACCAUCUAGGAUUGCCCCUAAAUAUAGCUGCCCUUUUCAUAUGCACAAAGUUAUUGUGGCCACUAAGCUGGACUAAGUGCAAAAAAUACACUGUUCAGUGCACAAGACAAGGCAUCAUGUGCUCCAUGCUUGUAUUUGAAAUACCUUGUUUACCUAUGUGUGUUAUGUUAAUGCAGUGCUGUAAUUUUUUUUUUUUAUCGGUAUCCGGUAGGUUUACUGCUUGCUUUUGAAUAACUAAAGCUAGUUUCUUGCACUUUGCUUGUGCAUUCACUGUUUCUAAAGCUGUACACUAUAAUAAACUUGAACAGACAGCCUGCUACAUAUGGCAGAAUGUGGCAUGUGUGACCAAGUUAUUUCAUGAUGCAUCUUAGGUAUGCAUUUGAUAAUACCAAUUUGAUUAUCUGAAACUUGCCAUACCCAUUUCUUUAUGUUCAAGAUGGCUGUAAAGAUGACAUUUACAUUUUGCCAUUGAAUAUACUAUCACUGAACAUUUAAUUAUGAACGGCAAAAUGUGUGCCCGAAGCAUAAAUGAAGGUACAGUGCGUGCUUUAAGUCUGUCAUCAUCAGACAGACGUGCACAACCGGUUUGACCGUCAAAUGGGAGGAUGCUCACCCAGAUGCGAUAGAUUUGCUUCCAUCUUCUUUGAUUUUAAUUUUCUCUGUUUUAAAUAAAAUAAAACGAAAACGAGCAAAACUAUCGCAGUAGAGCAAACAUCCUAGCAUUCAGCGGCAAACUCGAUGUCCGUACACUGUACCUUCAUUUACGCUUCAGGCACGCGCUCCGCUGCUCACAUUUAGUUUUUUGCUUAUAGUACCAGCACUUCAUAUAUGUUAAGCUGGAUAAGUUGUACUUGGAAUAAUUGAACUUUGUCCCUUUUUUUGCAUGAAAUAUAUAGCAACAUUUGCAUACACUUGAGGCUGGUUCAUUCCUCGAAGGCAAGGAAGUGGCCCUCUGUUGUUCAAUUAUAAACAAGUUGGCUCGUGGCAUUAUGCUAAAGAAAAUCGAUUCUGACUAGUCACUUAUGCCCAUCACAAUGAAAUCUUGCUCUAGAAAACUGCCGAUAAUAGGGCAUUGUUCCCUUCCAUGUUAUUUACCGCUUUCUCUCAAAGCUUAGUUCAAUUUAAAUGAAACAGCAUAUUCUGGGUACAACAUUAGCAAGCGUGUUCAAUCAACUAUACUCUGUACUCUGUUUCUUGUUAGGCAGGCGGUGCUUCAGAAGCUAUGCAAGUAGUGUGGUCACAGAAGUCUCGCUCCGCACAUUUUGCAGAGGAAUUAUUUUUGACCUGCGAUGCUUUAAUAGAAAAUCAAAACUUCAUCCAUUACAACUACAACUUGUGAACAUUAGGUAAAUGAAAUGACAUAUUUUUGUACCUUUGUGCUUCCAGUAUGCAAGAGUUUGUCUUGGUUGUGAGCACAAGCAGUACACUGCGGCUGAUGGUCGCAGAAACAGUGUCGCUCCACUCAUUCGGUUGUAAAGAGAGUCGGAUCUGUGAUGCGUUCCAUACAACAAUUAUGUCACAUUUUUCUAUGUACGAGUAUGGGAUUUAAUGUUGGAUUGAAUUAUGCGACACAUCUAUAUGCGAUAUAUAAUUAUUUGGUCACAAGUGCGAGCAGUGAGAGAAGUCCCUCUAAACUAUGUAGCGUUGCCUGCUAUGUAGGAAACGGAGUAGACUUUACUAGGGAUGCUUGUGUGCAGCCUUCUGCGGCGAGUGCAGGAGCUCAUUGAUGAGUAUAUCUUUUGUUAAACAAUUGUAGCCAAUGAAAACACUGACGAGCUGUGCCUGGCACAUUGACACCACUGUACAAAGCCAGUGCUGCUUUGGAAACGUUUGUAAACAUUUAGCUACAUCUGCAUAAUUCAGACAUGCAUGCAGACCUGUCCAGUUAAAUUGGGGCUCUCCAACAUUUUUUGUACAUGGCAAGGAAAUGUUCACAAUCUGUAGACAAUGCUGCCCAUGAACAUGCGAGCCAAAUAUUAUUGCGCUGCAUGUAGCAAUCCCGUAAUAGGUUGCUCACUCUCCCCUGUGCUCGCCCUCUUGCCACUGUCAAUAAUGUCACAUACCUGCACAACAGCCCAUAUAUGCCAGCCAUUGGCCAACUGUUCAUGGCCAUGAAUUUUUUUCGUGAAGCUUACCCUGCGGCAUGAAUCAGUGAAUCACUCCAGAGCAAAAGCUCACAUGCACACCCCUUCACUCUUCUUGCCGAUAGGAAAGUGGUGGUUGUUAAGACAUUGUGCCCGUCGUCACUCUUAGGCGCCUUUGUCAGAUGCCAACCUUGAAGGGUUGUCAUAUGUGCACUGCGAUAAAAAAAAAAAAAGCAAUAGGCAGGGCAUUGCUAUCGGUGCUACUCCAGCCGAGAGGAAAGCCAUCUGUUCAGGCAGAAUGGAAAAGUAAGCAUUAUCUUCUUCAUAUGUCUGUUCUUAUUCGGUCCUCAAAAAUUUCUUGAAUAUAUUCAUUGAAAGACACUACACUUAUUCAGGUGUGUUUGACAGGUUUGAAUAAAGGCUGUUGCAAGGCUCUUCCACAUUACAAUGUGGAACUGGGCACCCAAAGUAGCUACAAAUACAGUAGUGAUAAAAUAAUGCAGACCCUACACACUGCAGGAAUUUGUUAUGCAAAGCAUGUUGCAGGUAGCUGGCUAUCCAGCAUUGUUUGGGGUUCUGCAAAGCAUUUCCAAGUGUCAUCCAUAGGUUUAUUCAAUUCAGUGAAGUUUCUCUGCACCUAUUAACGGUGCACUGCACUUAGGCCUUCAAUUCCCCGAGGUACAGCGCUGCACCUGCACCUCCGUGCUCGAUUGCACGGGUGCAAGGCAAGGUACUGCCAUGGUGCAGUAUACCCUUGAACCUUGCAGUGAUUGGGUGCAGCCUGGCACGCCAUAACUGGCACCUGCCUGCACCUUUUCAUUUGUGCCGUGCACCUUUUCUGAAUCAAACAAACCUCAUCUCGCACGUCAUGCAUAUUCUCAUAUAUAUCAAGUUGACAAUUACAAGCACAUGUCUAGUGGCCCAAAUCUCAUGCCUUGUCAUUCAUGUCAUGCAUACCCUGCUAUAUAUCCAGUUACCACGACAGCAUCACUCCACGAGCACAUACCUAGUGGCCCAAGCUAGUAAACAACUUGGGUUCACUGGAUCGGCUUAAGAGGCUAGAAAGAUAGAGUUGUGGAUACGGUGAGGUCGGUCAUACCUUCUUCAAUUUAUUCAUGUGUUCUGUGGCAGGGCAAGGCGUCCGAGGAGAAAUGAAGAGAAAACUGUGCCUAAGUUGCGGCCACAUCGUUCAGGAGCUGGCUUGGUUCACUAUGCAUGGCUCGCAUUCCCCACGAUAUUAUGGUAGUGGGGCUGCCACGUCCCCCAUCCAGAGUGAACUCGGAAGCAGGAGGACAAAGAAUGUGCGAACAAAAAGGAAAUAAAAGAAUGUGGUAAAGGUGCAGGGAAGUAAAUGGAGAAAGAAAAAUCAACAGAAAAUAAAUGCUGAGCUAACAAGAGUGCCUAUGUACAGAGUUUGUGCCAUGUGUACAGUUAUGCACUCUGACUAUUUAAAGUCUAUAUGUACAGGCACAGAGGCACGAAACUGGCCGAUGUCCAUAACCAACAAGGGCUGUUAUAGAGCAUCUGGUUAGGAAGGCAAGGUGUCAGGCUGAUACAGCAGGCUGCUUUGCAGCGAUCGAAGUAGAGGUGAACUGCUGUUGUGUGUGGGCAGUCUGGUUGAUGUAUGGAAAGCAGAUACAUGACUGCAGGAACACUGUGGAGUGCAUGUAGAAUCGGGCGGUAGUAGUCUCGAAAAAAUGGGUGUCACAUGCACAACUGAAGGUUCAGGUAAUUGACAAUGGCUGCUCUGCUUAGGACGAUGUCUUGGGUCACGUUUUGUGAAGGGCGUCCAACAAGUAUUCAGUCUCAAAGGUGGUCAGGACUGACUGUCGCGUGUUGGCCUAUUCACACAUACUUUGAGUGAGGUCUGACAAGGCAGAGUUGGAGGGAUGUCAGAUCCAGGGUUUGGUGGUGGCAGUGCAGCUGUUUUGAUGACACAAGAAGAGAGCCUGAAUGUGUGGACACUGCAUGUGAUCUCCGCUCAAGGGCAUGUAGCGUCGCUACCAACCACUGCAGCGAUGGAAGUGUCGGCGCAGUUGAUAUUGCUGGCAUGGACACGAGGCUAGUAGGCACUGUCGCUUUUGAGACGCUGGAGCUUA